AUGCCGAUCCAUCAAGGACUCAUCCCGCGAGAAGGCUUUUGCGCUGACGUUGUAUUACGACUCAUUCGUCAGACUGCUCUCAACCCAGCUCUCCUACUUCCACUCGUGCUAUUCGCUCGCCUCACCAAGAAGGGUCAAGAUCUAUCCAUUCUUCAUCCUAGCGCCUCCGGUCACCUCAAAACGCUAUUCUACGUUGCUCUGGCACGAUGGGCCAGCGGAUGGUGGUCCGAUAAGACCAGAAACAACUGGGUUGACGACAAAUAUGACUGGAAGCGCGAAGUUGUUCUCGUGACAGGUGGUGCGGGAGGUAUUGGAGGGCGAAUCGUGAAGCUAUUUGAGGAGAUGGGCGUCAAAGUUGUCGUUCUUGAUGUUCAGCCCAUGUCUUUCGAAGUUUCGGCCAACGUGCACUACUUUCAAUGCGACCUACGAUCGCCCGAAAACGUCGAGGCCGUCGCCGAAAAGAUUAGAGCUGAGGUGGGACAUCCGACCGUCGUUAUCAGCGUGGCUGGAGUUGUCAGGGGCAAGACUAUCUUGGAGUCCCAGCCCAGCGAUAUCCGCUUCACCUUUGACGUCAACACCUUUGCGCCCUUUUGGAUAGCAAAGACAUUUGUUCCUGAUAUGGUCGCCAAAAACCACGGCAUGGUUGUGACCUUGACAUCCUAUGCGAGCUGGUUGACAAUUCCUAACCUGGUAGACUAUGGUGCUUCAAAAGCAGCUGCUUUAGCUUUCCACGAAGGCUUGACCGCUGAGUUGACUACCCGAUAUAAUGCGCCCAAGGUGAGGACUGUAAUCGUCCAUCCAGGUCCCACCAACACUGCUCUUUUCAAAGGAUACUACCAAAACACCGACUUCUUGAUGCCUCCACUUGCACCCGAGUCGGUGGCCGAUGCAGUGGUUAGGCAGGUUCUCACAGGGCGUAGUGGGCAUGUUGUGAUUCCUGGCACGGGAACCAUUCUGGCUGCUUUGCGCAUGCAACCGGACUGGUAUGCAAUUCCCGUGAGAGCCAAGGCAGAGGCAUAUAUGAAGAACUUCAGUGGUCGUCAAGUCAUUGAGGAUGUGGAUACAGCCAUUGAGAACAAUGCUGAGGAGAAAGAAGCUGAGGGUAAUGCAACCGCCAGUACGGUUUUGGUGUCCUGA